CCGCGGGCGCGGUGGCGGCGGGCGCGGGGCUCCAGCGGCGGGGGCGCGGCCCCAGCGCCCCUCCGCGCCCAGGGAGCGGGGCCAGCGCCGCGGCUCCUCAUGCUGCUGUUGCUGCCGCUGCUGAGGAGGGAAGGACGGCGCUUGCAGGAAGUGGGGAUGCAAAUAGCUCCUAAAUGAGAGGAUUACAUCAGAUAUGACUGCAUAUAUGAAUAGCCUGGGAUAGCCCAAAGGAGGGACAGGAUGUCACAAUAACAUACAAAACAUUUGGGAGGGCAAGGCCAGCAAACCAUGCAGUCAUCAGGGCACAGGUUCCGGGAUGUCGAGCACCACCCUCUCCUCGCCGACAAUGAGAGCUACGACUCCUCGUCCUCGGAGGCCGACAUGGCAGAGAGGGUCUGGUUCAUCAGGGAUGGCUGUGGGAUGGUCUGUGCCAUCAUGACCUGGCUCCUGGUUGUCUAUGCAGACUUUGUAGUGACUUUUGUCAUGUUGCUGCCUUCCAAAGACUUUUGGUACUCAGUGAUCAACGGGGUUCUCUUUAACUGCUUGGCAGUGCUCGCGUUGUCGUCACAUCUGAGGACUAUGCUGACGGAUCCAGGGGCUGUGCCCAAAGGAAAUGCCACUAAAGAAUACAUGGAUAAUUUGCAACUGAAACCAGGAGAAGUGAUCUACAAAUGUCCCAAGUGCUGUAGUAUCAAACCUGAGCGUGCACACCAUUGCAGUAUUUGCAAGCGCUGCAUCCGAAAGAUGGAUCAUCACUGCCCCUGGGUGAACAACUGUGUCGGGGAGAAAAACCAGAGGUUUUUUGUUCUGUUUACGAUGUACAUAGCCCUAAUUUCAGCUCAUGCUCUCGUGCUCUGUGGGUUCCAGUUCUUCUCCUGUGUCCGAGGGCAAUGGACUGAAUGCAGUGACUUCUCCCCACCUGUAACUGUGAUCCUGAUGAUCUUCUUGUGCCUUGAGGGUUUUCUGUUUCUCACUUUCACUGCAGUCAUGUUUGGCACCCAAAUCCACUCAAUAUGCAACGAUGAAACGGAGAUUGAAAGACUGAAGAGUGAAAAGCCAACAUGGGAGAGGAGACUCCGCUGGGAAGGGAUGAAAUCAGUUUUUGGGGGUCAGCCUUCACUCCUGUGGAUCAAUCCCUUUGCAGGAUUUCGGAUCAGGCGACUUCUACUGAGAGGAAAGAAAGGAGGACCUGAGUUUUCUGUUUGAGCCUAAAUAUGCUGGAACUUGCAAGAAUUCUAUAUAAUAUUUAUUUUGGGACCAGAGAAGGCUGUCUACAUAUAAUCUGUGACCAGGUGAAACUGAUAUCAGACAUUUGCUUGUAGCAAGCAGAGUUUUCUACGUUUAUUGUCACAGACAUCUCAUUAAUUCAGAGACAGGAACUGGAUCUGCAAUGGUCUGAACAGCAAGAUACCAGAGGAAAAGCACGUGGUCACACUAAAGAAGCCAAAUGUUGUCAUGCUACUGUAAUUUAUUUUAUGAGAUUACUUACCCAUUUUUUGUUAAACCCUUUUUAUUUGAUAAAUGUUUGGGGAAUUACCUGUGUGUUUUUAUAAGAAGUAUAUCCUUAGGUGCAGUUGUCAAUCAGAGGGAGGAGCAUUAGGGUGGAAGUUGAUCUCCAGUGAGACUUAGCCUUCUCAAUCCAGAUUUCAGGGAAUAGUGCUUUGUUCAGUUCUCAUUUUUCAGCUUGUCCUAAUAAACAGAGCUGUAAGCUGUACUCCUGUGUCCCUCUCCAGGCACACAUUCCUCAUAUGCAAGUGACUCCAGGGACUGGUGCCCAGCACUGCACAGCACAGGCACUGUCACCCCCUGCCCAAUGUCUUCCCAGGCUCACUGAAGCACGGCUGUGGUUGGCACUGUUCAUCUCCUCUGGCAUUUUGGGAAAUGCUAAAUCUUCCCUGAACAACUCCUGGCUGUGGGCCAAACCCUGCCCAAAUCCUUAAAUCACUGAUUCCAGGGGAACUGGAUGUGGAUAGUUUGUGUCUCAGGCCUGUGCAGGGAUGAGUGGGACCAGUGACUGUAUCCUGCUGUGUGAGAUUGAAAGAAUGUACUGCAGAUGGAGGGAAUUCACUGAAAACAGUUGUCUUUGUAUGGUCUUGCUCUGCCCCUUUUUUAUUGUACAGACUUUUCCUAGAAGGAAAGGUGUUAAUGAUCCCUUAGACAAAGACAUCAGGGGAAUGAGGGGAGUUGCCUCUUUCUCACCUUCAAUGCAUCUUAAAUGUAGAAACGUCUGAAAUAGAACAAAUUAUUUUGAAUUUAGCCAUUUCCAACCAAAACUACUCUGAGGAAAUGAGAGCAAUAUAGAUCUAGAACUGCUUUAUGUGGGCCUGACAAACAACAGUAGUGCUAAGAAAUGUUCAUAAAUCUGCAAGUAAUGAUAAUACAAGCUGCAAGUAAUGAAAUUCAGAUAAAAGUGGAUUCUUUAAAAAUUACAUUUAGACUAUUUUUUUGUAUUACUGUUAAUCUAUAAACCACUGACAAUAUAAAGGAUAAAGCAGGAGCCUUGAUGCAUAGCUUGAAAUCGUGCCUAGAAAGUAAAUAGCUCCCUGUUUUGGGACUUGCCUUAAAAUUGUCCUGUUCUUGCUUUUGCUCAGCCAGUAGCACUGAUGACCUGUCCCACCUCCAGCAGUUCCACGUGCUGAAGAAUCUUGCAUUACAAUGUUUAUGCACUGCACAAGCUGUACUUUCUUUUUUUCAGUGAGCUGCUUCUCCAUCUCUUUGUAACAGUUUGUGGCAUCUUGAUUCAGCUUCAUCAGGUUUUGUACUACUGGGUGGGUGAAAUUCCUGAGGGAUCCAUGGAUUAUCUACGGCCCUGUGAACAAAACUGUGCAAUACUAUGGAAUAUGUUCACUUUGCUGGGGGGGGGAUGGUGUGUGAUGCUGGAGAAUUCCUAGGUGGAAAUCCACUGAAAUUGCAGUCAAAAGAACAAAAGUGUCUCGUGUAGCUGAGGGGAAAGCUGGAAGUGCCACAAAAAUUUGUGCAUAUUCAGUUGCACACCUUAAAAGUUUGGGGGGAAAAAAAAUGUGUCUGGCUUUAUCAUGAGGCUCUUAAUGUGUAUAUUGUUUAAUGAUGGAAAUCAGAAAAUAUCACUCCAAGCAGUUAAACCCUGUGACUUAGCAAGUGUGUGUGUGUGUGUAUGAAAUCCGGGUUACUUGGCUUUUCAAACCCUUCUGUUGUAAUUUUUUUAAUGUUAAAAAAAAAAUAAACUAAUGAAUUGAA